AUGACAAUUCCUACUAGCACUCAGCCUGCCCCUGCCAGUACUGUCGACAUGGGCGCAUUUUUUACUGUGUCACGUGACACGGAGCCAGCCGCCUCCAGUGCUUCCCCAGCACCUUCAGCAGCAUCUUUUGCUGUGGCCUGUGGUGACUCCAAUGUUGCACUCCCCAUCGUGCCAGGCCAUGUUGCCAGCUUUCUCGAGCCGACCCCUGCUGUUGACUGGAAUACCAGGGUUCUGCAGGGUCUGGACACAAUUAUUCCACCUGUUGCGACACCCACCCCGCCUGUUGCUGCAUCCACUGCUCCAUCAGUACCCUCAGAGAGUCACUUGAGGCGUCUUGAACGAAGACAGCUCACUAACCCAUACAGCAAGAUCUCCACUCGGCAAGAGGGUCUCCAUGCAGCACAGCAGCGAUUUCAUGACCUUCGACAAGAAAACCCAAAGAUGGCCAAGAGAAUGAUCAGGGCAGAUGAGGAAUUCAAGCAUGUCCGCAAGUGCGAUGACAUGGACUGGGAUGUUAAUUGUGCAUGCUUGGAUGAGGCAAUUGAACAUAGAAAGCAGCGCAAGGUUGCAGAUGCUUGGCAUGAACACAUCUUUGAGGAGAGGAAGGGGAAAACUUGGGAGGAGUGGCGUCAUUUGGACCAGGAUGUAGCCAAAGGCCAGGAAGCCAAAAAAGAGCGUGAAGCGCUCUUUUUUGCUUCCUGUGCCGAAGGCACAAUGGAAAAGACAAUUGAGAAAUGGGAAAUGGGAAAGGAGAAUAGGAGAAUGAGGGAAAUGGGAAAACAGAGAAAAUGGGAAAAACAGGAGAAUGGGAGAAUGAGAGAAGGGGGAAGGGGGAGGACAACAGGAAAGGGGAGGAGGACAACAGGACGGGAGGAGGACAACAGAACGGGAGGAGGACAACAGGACGGGAGGAGGACAACAGGACGGGAGGAGGACAACAGGACGGGAGGAGGACAACAGGACGGGAGGAGGACAACAGGACGGGAGGAGGACAACAGGAUGGGAGGAGGGGGGACAGAACACCAGACACAACAGUAA